AAAAAAAAAUAGUUAGGAGAGGUUAAAAAUGUGCCACAAGUGGGUCCGAUACCUUUUCUUGAUUGUCGUGGUAUUUUUCUCAGUGAUGUACGUAUAUCUCGAUGUGAUUUUGGAUAAUAUCUUUUUUGAGGAGCUCCACAUGGAGAGGUACUCUGCGACCACUAACGGAUGUCAAAUGCUGACCUUGACCCCCGAUGGGCUGGACUGGUUGACUUUUGGUGGCAUUUUGGACUGGUGGCGCGAUCUUCCCUUAGACUAUUGUGAAAGCAACCUGGGGAUGACGUCCUUCAGUCAUAAUAAUAACAACUACCUAAACAUAAAAGUCGUCAAGGAGCUGGUAAAAGAAAUGUUGGGGGCCGACAACUUGGGUAGCUUCAAGUGCCAGUACCAUGCCUUGGAACGGAAUUCGGAUCGCGAUAAUCGGUAUUUAUACAGUCGGAAGUUUCCCUUGCUGGAGGAUGGGAAUCUGACCAUUGAACCCCAUGCGGAUAUUAUUCGAGCUGAGUGUCACCUCAAUGGCACUAAAGUUUAUAAUGGUGUCCAUUUCUAUGUCCAACCACCGGACGAAUGGCGUCGCAGCAUCCAGGGUCUCCCGCCUUUUAAGCCAGACUCCGAUCCUAAUAGCUUGUCGGUAAUGAUCGUGUGCCUGGACUCGGUUUCAAGCAUUCAUUUUUCCAGAAGCAUGGGCCGAACGCAGAAAUUUUUGUUAUCCCGACCACACGUUGAGCUGAAGGGGUUCAAUCGAGUGGGAAACGAUACCUUCGAUAGCCUGAUGCCUUUGCUUACUGGACUCAGUGGCCCUGAAGUCAGAGAGCUAUGCAUGAAAGGCGAGGACCUCGACGGCUGUCCGUUUUUGUGGAGAGCAUUUGAGAAAGCUGGGUACGAAACCGCCCUGGGGGAAGACACUGUGGACAAGAGUCUUUUUUUCAGACUGGGAUUCGGGGAACAGCCCACGGACUACUAUUUGCGACCGGCGAUGAUGGAAAUGUGGUUGAAGACUCGGGAGGAGAGUUUCUACGGCACGCACUGCAAUGAAAAGGAUAGCUACGCCAUUGUGCUAAAGGACUUUUUGCUAAAGUUAUUGCCACACCAUAAACGUCGUCGGUUCUUUACUUUUCUCAGGUGGACUCAGGGCAUAGAUCAAUUAUUUAACUACGGCCAGAGGUUGGACAUACCCUUUUGGGAGAUGUUUCAUAAGGUGGCUGAGAUGGAGGUGCUGAGAAAUACACUUCUAUUGGUGGUAUCCGAUCAUGGUUUGAAAAAAGAUAAAUUCGCCGAGACGGUUCAGGGAAAAGUGGAGGUGAACAUGCCACUGGCCAUUAUUUUCUAUCCUCCCUGGUUGGAGGAUCGUUUUCCCGAUGCUAUUGAAAAUCUCAGGUCCAACGCCCACCGUCUAGUCACAGCUUAUGACUUGCAUACUACACUGCUUGGAUUAACUGAUUUGGUCUCUUUGGAAGAUGAAAGAAUAAAAGAACGUACUGCAUCAUUAGAAUCCUUAGGUACGAAUAUUUCAAGGGGCAUAGAUCUCUUUCUGCCAGUGCCUGAGGUUAGGGACUGCCCUAUGGCCCAGAUACCCUCGGAAUUUUGUCUGUGCCAGAGGCUCACACCAGUCUCGAUUGUGGAAGAAAUUGUUCAGAGGGCAGCCCGUCGAAUAGUUCGGAAUAUCAACAAACUCCUGUACCGGCAUCAUCCGCCCUGCCAGUUGUUAGCUUUAAAGAGAGUUAUCUUUGCCGAAAUAUUUCGACGAACUUCGGACGACCUACAAUCAAGGCUCAAGGUGCGACUGAUGGUCAUCCCAGGCGGAGGUCAGUUUGAGGGAGUCGUGAAGUACACAGGACGUGAAGUACACCAUCUGUCUCUAAAUGAGCCCAUACAACGAGUCAAUGACUAUGGGAACGAGUCCUUUUGCAUAGAAAACUAUCUGAUUGAAAAGUAUUGUUUUUGUUAA